UACGCUACGAUGAGUCUCAUUCGGAAGUGUAAAUAACAAACGGCAUUUAGCGGCCGCUAAGAACAGACGUUUCCUCGACUAGCUGCUCGGUGCAUGAGAAAACGAACAAACUAUUUAGAGCGGAAGAUACAACCUAAUAGGAAAACGCAAAAGAGAAAAAUCGAACAACUAAAUGUGUUGCAUCAUUGUGCAUUCAUAUCGGCCAUCCAUUAAAAGGAUUUUCUAAAGAGUUAUUGUGAAACGUGUUUUCUAAACCAACAAUAAGUUUUUCUCGAUAAAGACUUCAAUUCGUCGGAACUGUGCGCGUGUGUAACAAAAGAAUUUCCUCCGUCGAGGAAAAUCCCUGUUAGAGCUUCGUCUUUGUAUUGUGCAAGUAACAUAUAAAUCUCCAUCAUCGAAGACUGCCAUCGUAUCAGUGAAAAUGCAUUCGACUGUCACUAAGCAAACGGGCUUUGUUGCCCUAAUGAUUGUUCAAAUCGUCUUUUUGGUUCUUUACUGGGUGUUCGUGCGUUAUGGCAAGGAAGCAUCACCAAUCGAUAAGAAUCCACAAGACGCUGGAUUAAAUGAACAACACGAAUCGAAAUAUCCUCAUUUCCAAGAUAUACAAGUUAUGAUAUUCGUGGGCUUUGGUUUCCUCAUGACAUUUCUGAGAAAGUACGGUUACAGUGCUACUGGAUAUACACUCUUCCUAGCUUCAUUGGUUAUACAAUGGUCGGUGCUAAUGAAAGGAUUCCUGAAAAUGGAGGAUGGCAAAAUAGAUCUUUCAUUGGAAAACAUAAUUGAUGCCGAUAUCGCUGCGGCUGUGCCACUCAUUAGUAUGGGCGCCUUAUUGGGUCGAACCACGCCCAUACAAUUGUUAUUUAUGGCUUUAUUCGAAAUUGCAUUGUUUGCCGUUAAUGAAUACGUUGCAUUGGACAUUUUGAGUAUUUGCGAUGUUGGUGGUUCAAUUACCGUCCAUGCCUUUGGCGCAUAUUUCGGUCUAGCUGUCAGUCUAAUGCUGCGCCCCACCAAGGAUCAAAACGAUGCAGGCAAAUAUGAAGGACCCACCUAUACAUCAGACAUGUUUGCUAUGGUUGGCACACUAUUCCUGUGGAUUUAUUGGCCAAGUUUUAAUUCGGUUUUAGCCGAUGGCACUGGCCAAGAGCGAGCCAUUUUGAACACGUAUUUGUCAUUAGCAGCUGCAACAGUCACAACGUUUGUUUUAUCGGCACUUGUUAGCCACGAGAACAAAUUGGAUAUGGUGCAUGUUCAGAAUUCAACACUGGCCGGAGGCGUUGCCGUUGGUAGUGUCUGUAAUUUGCUGAUUGGAGCUCAUGGUGCCGUUUUAAUUGGAAUCAUUGCUGGUACAAUAUCGGUGAUGGGUUAUCGUUUUAUAACGCCAUUUUUAACACAGAAAUUACGUUUACACGACACCUGUGGCGUACAUAAUCUCCAUGGUAUGCCGGCCGUAAUCUCUGCCAUUGCCUCGGCCAUUUUUGCUACGAUGGUAACUAGAGAAGAAUAUAAAUCCGAUUUUGGUGCUAUCUUUCCGGCAAUGAUAAACGAAACGGAAAUAUCAGCCAACAACAUGACCGAAAACGAUGCAACAAUCCAUAUAAUGGGGGGCUACGACCGCACUGCCAGUGCACAGGCUGGUUACCAACUAUUCGGUAUUGCCAUGACCAUUCUGGUUGCCAUAGUUGGUGGCAUAUUAGCAGGUUUGGUGCUGAAAUACACCGGCUUCCGCAAGUUACAAAAGGAGGAACAACAUCAGGAUGAACUCUAUUGGGAGGUGCCUGCCGAACGCAAGGAUGAAUAGUAAAGUGAAAAUAAACGAAUUUUAUUUUGCAACGCAAGAAAAGUACAGAACAAAAUAAACAUUCACCCUGCACUAUCCAGAAAAGAUCCAAAGGAAUCACUUGUAUAGCAAUCUUUAAAUGUGUAUUUACAAAAAGAAACUAUAGAUAUUAUUAAAUUUUAUUUAAGCACACAAA